AAGCUAUUGUCAUGUGUUCCUUCACACAGUUCUCAUUAUAUUACAGCUUUUGCGGUCCCAGGGUCGCUACUGCGGCCAACGACACCUCCGAGCAAAGCUUUGUGUCCGGCGCUCCUGAAAUAGUUUGAGAAGAUACAAUGACGAUACUUGAUAAUAGCCAGGGCAACGGCGGGAGCAAUGACGAAGAAGUUGGUAGGACGCUCCUGCAGCUGCCCAAUUCGGUCCUAACAUCGAUCCUGGAAAGCCUGGCGGCUAUGUGCAAUCCUGGUCAAGUCAUGAAGCUCGCAUUGGCAUGCCGUACAUUACUUCGCGCGAUUUCGGAAGCUGAGGGCUUCUGGGAGCGCAUGUGCAUCAGCCAUGGCUGGAGCCGCCCUGCAACCCGGCCCCGCGCCUCUGGCACCUCUGCUCGGGAUUUGGACUGGCGUUGGUUCCGUUACUACUCGGCGCGCAUGACCAGUCGGCGCAACGUAAGGCGCUUCUUCAAGCUCUACAUCCCCUUCCUCUCCCGCCCCAGCAGCAUGGCGCUCAUGCCGGGCGCCUCCCCCGCGCAGCUGUCCGCCUGCGAGGCCCGGCUGGGCGCCCUGCUGCCGUGGGAGCUGUGGGAGCUGCUGCGCUUCCGAGGGGGGCAGGCGGCGGGGCCGGGGGUGGCCUUCCUGGAUGACAUGCGGCUGCUGGGUGUCGAGGAGCUGCUCCCCGAGCGGCCCCCAGGCCUAGCGGAUCUGAGGCAGCGGCUGGGGCUGCUGGGGGCGCCACCCAGGGCGCAGGACAUGGCGGCGCCAGGGGAGCAGGAGCAGGGUGGUGGUGGCGGUGGCAACGCUGCGGUUACUCCUGGAGUUGCGGCACCCCCUGCGGGUGCUGCUGCGAGCGCUGCUCCUGUCGAUCCUGCUGCUCCUGAGGAAGAGGAGGUGGCAGUGGCGGUGGCCUCCAACCCCUCGGGUUCGCGGCGGCUGCUGGUGGCACUGAGCGGGGGACAUGUGUAUCUGGCAAGAGGGCUCUCCCUGGCAUCCUUUGCACCCGGAGUGGCAGCAAUGCUGCAGAAGAUUCUUACGUAAGGUCGGCAGCAUUACAAGUGAUAAGAGGGUUGAAGGAAGUUAAGAAGGCCAGUACAGUUGAGUUGUACUCGCGUGCGUUGAGAUUGUGCAGAUGCAUCAAGAGGGGUCCAGGUACUGGUGGUGUUGAAAAACACCGAUUUCAUAUUUAUUGCGUGACAAUAAUGAUGAGCGCUUAGGCCGAAGUGAACUUGGUGACGGCCUUGGUGCCCUCAGACACGGCAUGCUUGGCGAGUUCGCCGGGCAGAACCAGGCGGACGGCCGUCUGAAUUUCGCGGGAAGUCAGCGUGGGCUUCUUGUUGUACUUGCUGAGCUUGCUGGCCUCGGUGGCAAUGCGGUCGAAGAGGUCCGUCACCAGAGAUGUCAUGAUUGACAUGGCCUUGCUGCUGAUGCCGGUGUCAGGGUGGACCUGCUUCAGCACCUUGUAGAUGUAGAGCUUGUAGGUCUCCGCCUUCGACACCUUCACCUUCUUCUUGGCCUUCUC